UCUCCCAGUUUGCACCCAACUGACGGCCUCACAAAAAGCCUUUGGUCGCACUGGUGUUGGAAUCGAGUCAUUGAUCGUCUUUCCGGUCGGCUUGAAAGCUAAUCCCUGUGAUUGCUAGUGGAUCCGAGAGUUUUGCUGAGCGAUUCCUAAGUGGGCUGCGAUGUUGCUAGCUAUUGUACAUAGAGAGUAGAUUUAACUUAAUUAAUUUAUUUUUGUUUGGUAUACGAGGUUUUGCUUUUUGUAAGGUCUUGUUUAGAAUGAGAUGAGGAAUGGUAGAGGGAAGUGUGCGAGUAGGGAGCAGAGUGCGCGUUCGUCGCGGCCGCCAAGGCUUCGGUCCAUGAGGCGCGAGAAACUCGUGCAGGCGUCCACAAGUUCAGUUGGGUUGAAGCCAAGUUCUAGCAAGGAGAAGGCCAUCGAGUUCGACCCUGCCACUCUGGUGCCUGUGAUUGGCAAGAAAGACCCUACUCAAGUUGCGAAAUUCAACGAUGAUGGCGACAACCGGAUCGAUACAAACAUUACCUUUGAUGUGGACAAUGCUGCGAACGAGUCGGGAAAGGGGCUCCAAGACGACGAGAUCCAAAGACGUGAUAUGAAGGUCGCAGAUACGUUUCUUCUCGAGGACAGGAGCAUACCUGUUAACAAUCGAACAGCUGAUCCGGGACAAAUUCCCGUCAUUCCGGGUUUUUCAGUGGAAACCGCACUGGAGAGGUCGGCGAGUCUCACGGAUAGCGAGAAUCAGGGUUCUUUGACAGCGCCGCUAGCCACCAGUGAGACCGAGGGAGCGACAUCCCACAAUUCCAGAACCUCGGCUGACACGACGGCUUCUCCUCGGGAGCACCCGGCGAAGAGGUUUUGGACGUUGUCUUCUUUCAUGGCCUCCAAAUUGGUCAUGGAAGGAACGCGCGAGAAAAAAACAUGGACUAAUUCUGAUGGAGCACUCUGGCCGAAGGAUUGGCUACCACGUUUGCUUGAAGGAAUUCUCAACGGGAGAAAGCUGCGAGUGGUGGGCAUUGCAUACAACGCACAAGCAAGUUCGUGGCGAACUGGUGAUUAUGGUGUGAGAGCCGAUGGACAUAAAGCUAUUGCUCAUGAUUUGUUCCAGAUUCUGGUCGUGUCUGAAAGGUGUUCCUUGGGAAGAAAUCCAUUUGUAUUAGUCAGCCAUUCUUAUGGUGGUAUUGUCAUAAAGAGCUUGGUGGCCUAUUGCAAUGACGUUUCCAAUUUACCACAUGUGAGAGAAGUGGGUUAUCUCAAAAUUGCAGCAAUCGACGCCGCAGCUAAGUUUAUGGAAGAGCUCCAGGCGUGUGUGUUCUAUGGUGUGCCACAUAGAGGAUCAAUUUUUGCCACAAUCGCCAGUUGCUUUUUCAUGUGCAUGGGAAGGACUGUUUCCAUUGACCUGAGGCCUGGCAGUCGGGAAAUCUUGCAAUUGAAUAUGGAGUGUGAAUUGGCUAUUCGCAAGCGACAUGUGAUACAAUACGCAUUUAUUGAAACCAUUCCGGUGGUAAGUCGAGGGUCUACUUUUCUCUCGGUCUAAUAGCUGGAUAUGUCCAUCUCAACUUUCAUGUCCGAUUCAUAGCCCUGUUCUAGGUUUCGAGAAGCCUUCUUCAACGUAUGAUUAAUUCACUAAUAGGUCAAACUCUUUCCAACACUGAAAAGAACUUAUAAUAUGAUCUUGUAGUACUUCACACGUACAAAUUUAUACAUCUGCAUUUCAAUAU